GUUUCCAUUGAGGCCCUCCCAACUAUCGUCUACGGUGCUCGGCCGAUUGCUUUCUUGCCCUUUCUUGCCCUACCGCCCGCCUCAGUCUUUUUUUUACCACUCUCAUUCCCUCGUUUUUUUUCUUGUUUUCGCCCUUCUUUUUCAACCCACUGCCGGCAAGGUCGUCAAGCAAGCACUACAGACCGGAUAUCACCCGUGUCUGUCUUAGCAGCGACAAGUACAUUGGAGACUGGCAGAGCUGGCUGGACUCCAGUACUUUCGAGGGUACUCAUUAACCUCUCGUCCUGCCUUGUCGACAUUUUGGGGAACGACGGACCGAACCUUGACUGGAACGCACGAAGCGAGGGCAUCAUCCCGUUUGACACGCACCUCUUACCAGCGUUGGGGCCCUGCGCUACUUCGGAUCAAACUCACAGACGUGGUCCGCCCCCCGAUUUGACCGCACGCCGCAUCUUGUUGACCAAGCGUUCGCUUCUUGACCUCGCAUUUGCCCUUUUCUCGUCGGCAAAUAGAGUGACGAUUCAACUGCCAUUCCGACACAUCUAGACACCACCGCCAGGGCGGCGGAGUGGUGCUUCUUCAACAAGUCCAACAGAACACCGAUCGAUCACGCACGGCAGACGCAAUGGCUCCCUCGCUGAACGCCCAUUCGUCCUUCACGCGUCCCCGGACUGGGGACCGCGAAGGCCGGCCGACAACCCGUGAUCAAGGCGACACCAACCUCAUCAUUCCGAGCCGUACCUCGUCAUUGCACUCGAGGAUCACGCAGCCGAUCCCGUCCUCGCUGAACGUCAAGCCCCAGCAGAGGACACCCAAAACUCUCACACAUGCCUACAUGGUGUGUGGUGUUGGCCGUGAGCCCUCGCAAUGGGUUAAGGCCCCCCCGCCAGCCCAGGGCAAGAUUGGCCACAUGAAGGGUGCAGUUGGCCAGUUUUGGCUACCGGAGAUCCUGGGUAGCAGCCCAAGGCUGGAGCAGGACAACGAGAUCGCCAGGUCUCUGCACGCUGCGAUGAGAGCCUGCUUCCCUCACGAUGUCGAGAUUUGCACUGGUCGCAGCCAGCCUCACUGUGUCCACCAUGCUUUCGUCCUGCAGCAAGAUUCCUCCCACACUCUUUACGGUAUUUGCCUGAAGGUGUGGUCGCGAGCCGAUGAGAAGAGGGCCGAGACGAUUAGGGAGCUUAGGAAAAGAACAGAGUCGGACUUCUACGACAACCCAGACGAGACAUACUGGAUCCCGUACUGUCUUUCGUUCCUUUCGCGCUACCCGCUGUACAACCUUUUGGGCGACUACCUAAGGGGUAUGUGGAUCCACUGGAACAAGGCCACUAACUUGUUCCAUGCCGAAGAGGUCUCUCGAAUCCUCAGCUUCCCCGCGCCGAGACUCAACGACCUGGUACGAAUCGACAUGAAGGACUACGCCCUCUGCUACCAAUUCCCUUCGUCUCCCACUGGAUUCCAAAACUUUGCCAUGUGGCCCCUCUUCUCCUGUCUCUCAAUUCCGAACAUCGUCGGUGUCAUUGAAGCCGCCAUCUCUCCAACCCGUCGCAUAAUCUUCGUCAGCCACUAUCCAGCAAUGCUCACCAUGGCUGCCGAAACCGUGCGCUACUGCGUCCGUGUUUACGAGUGGAGCGGUUUGUACGUGCCCAUGGUGCACGCUCGUCACGCAAAGGAGCUCGUGCAAGAACCGGGCCCGUACAUUCUCGGUGUUACCGCGGAGUGCAGGUCCCUCUUCACAGCCCCGACUGAUGCGUUGGUGGUGGACCUGGACCGCAACUUCGUUCUUACCUCUAGCCCGCCGACCGCCUUGAAUCCCAACCAGCGCAAUAAGUUCGUCACCCGUCUGACACAGGCGCUUAACGGUGAUGUUACUCCGUCUGGCGCUCCUGCGCACUUGCGCUCGGCAUACGGCGGUGGCAAGCUGGUUCCAGCUGGUCAAAUAAUAGUUAUGCGUGGUGAGGUCGAAUCCAUCCAGGACCCCGAGUGGUGGAACCAGGACGCUGUUAUGGCUGUCAUGGACCACGUUUGCGAGAAGAUGGGCCGGAACACUGGUAUCAAGGCUGUCUUUGGUGGCGCAGUCAAGAAGCCUCUGAUGACCAAGGUUUCUAUGAGACACCUCAACGAGAUUGUUCGUGAGAGGAAUCAGUACUCCCGGGAUGCCCUGGAGGCCUGGCAAGACUUUAUUAACCUGAAGGGCCGCAUGGACACUGAGCUUGCCAAGGUCACCAAGCGCAACAACUACCUCAACGAGGAGCUCGACAGCUGGAAGCAGCAGUUCACCAAGUUCCAGGCCUUCGCCGAGCAGCUCACCAAGGAGACUCAGGAUCUCAAGGUCAAGAUUGAGGGCCACAAGAGGGAAAAUCGCCGCCUGGCAACACUUAUUGACCAGCAGAAAGACGAUGCCGCUCGCAUGUCGGUCCGUCUUACCGGUACCGAGAAGCAGCGCGACGACGCCCUCGAGGCUCUUGUGCUUCAACAGGAGAUUGCCGAGGAGCUCGAGCGCGAGCGCAAGCGCAACAAGAAGGAGCUUGCAGCCCUGCAACACACCAACCACACCAUCACCAGGCAGCGCGACGACGCUCGCCGCGUGGUGUUGCACCUGCGCAGCCUUAUCGGUGGCCAGAGCCACCAUCUGGAGCACCUCGUCGGCUCUCUCACCAAGCCCGAGAACGACAACGACCUCGCCCACGAGGUCGAGGCUGGCUACGAGGACGAUACUCAGGAUAUGGAGAGCAAGCACCACAACAGCAAGCGCUUUUCUUCCUCAAGCUUCUCUGAUGUGGCUGACCGUCACCUUAAAGACAAGACGGAUGCUAUUGCACACAUCAUCCGUAACAUCGCAGAGCAGUGCCAGGCUGCCGUCGAGGGCCUGGCCCUUGCCCACGACGCCGAGAUCGAGGACGGCUCCGAUUCUGGUCACCACUCGAGCAACUACCGCCGCGGCAGCGGCCUUUCGGUCGCUGGCAGCGAUGCCGGUACCCACAGCGAAGUCGGCGAUGAUAUCAGCGUUCGCCUGCGCCCAUCGUCGGGUCGCACGUCGAGCAUCCCGCCGACGCCGGACUUGAUCCCCAACAGGUCGAGCACCGCCCUUUCGAUGGCCUCGACCACCAUGACCACCCCGGAGCGGUCUUCCCAGCAGUACAUGAUCGGUCACGAUAUCCCAACAAAGAUUGUUGAGGACGACGAGGAUCUGGACAACGGUCCAUCUGCCAGCGAGUCUGAGACGGUCAACAUGCCCGCUCACACAACCAGCAGGGUUCUUGGCAAGCACACCGAGAGUCUGCUUCACAGGCCUUCGGGGGCUCGCAUCAGCGCGCUUGGGGGCACCCGUUAAAACAGCAUGCUUUUAACGACCUCUUGCUUUGCUGAUGUUGGGCGUGGAUUCUCGCACACGUGCCAUUUACCGUAAUUUUUACUAUCUCUGGUCAUAGUUUAUUCCCCACAUUACAUAGUUCCUAUGUCUUUACUGGCGUUGAUGAUUUCCUCUGUCUUCUAAUUAUUGCUGGCUUUUGCGCAGUAUUGUUUCUUUUUCUUUUUGGUUUCCUUGACUGCUUCAACAAGCUUGAGGUAAAACACUGCCAUACCACUCCUUCUCUUCUUGUCUCUAUGUUGUGUUUUACGUGUGACUUCUAACGAAAAAGAAAGUCGCGGGGCUUUGGGGUUAUUCGUGUUGGGGGAUGUGUGAUUUACUUGCGGACUACGUGCUACACCGCGCUUCUCCUAUUUUCGCUUCUUAAAAGAUGAUGCGGCCAUGUUUCGAUAGCCUGCGCGAAUUGGUGGUAUUUUCUGGCAAUUUUGUUUGAAUUUUCAUACCAGUCUCGUUAUAUUAGCGUAACAAACGGAUUGAUCGCAUUAUUCAAAAGAAGAAAUUAAAACCCGU